UGCACAACAAGGUCGGAUAUUUACUGACACGCCCCCUCCCCUUUGCUGCAAGCUAACUUGAUCCUCCGGUUCUGGAAUGCGAAUGUGGACGUGCAGGUCUCUGCUACGCGAUUGGUCGAGGGGGCGUGGUUUGCUCUGUAGUUGUCGCUGGAGGAGGGCUCGGCCGAGCACUGACUGUUUCCUUCCUAUGUAUUACUGGACCUAUCGAUCGCUAUCAUCUGCAUUGUUUAUGCUUCUCUUUUGUAUGCUCCGUCAGCCAUCUGGCUGGGACGUAGUGUGCGACAACAAAGCCCUUUAAUCAUCUAUACUGUAAUGGACUGAUAGACUUGCCGGUCAGUUGUAAUAUGUAGCUUGUAGCACCACCGGGGAUCUGAUGCCAUUCAUUCUGGCUGCUGCUCUUCUCCCAUCACUGGAUCAUCAUGAGGCUGUGCAGGUUCCUGCUGAAACACACAGUCCCCAGUCAGAUCGAAUACUACUCCAAAUUCUCCCCUUCCCCGCUCUCCAUCAAACAGUUCCUGGAUUUCGGGCGUAAUAAUGCUUGUGAGAAGACCUCUUACUUGUUUCUCAGAAAGGAGCUGCCAGUGCGAAUUGCAAAUAGUCUCAAAGAGGUAAACCUACUGCCCGAAAGUCUACUACAUAGACCAUCUGUGAAACUAGUACGAUCCUGGUACUUGCAAAGUUUUCUAGAACUUUUAGAAUAUGAAAAUAAGAGCCCGGAAGAUGCAGAUGUGCUGUAUGACUUUUUAAACGUGCUCAUCCAAGUGAGAAAUAGGCACAAUGACGUAGUUCCUACAAUGGCCCAAGGUGUCAUAGAAUACAAGGAGAAAUAUGGAUUUGACCCAUUUGUCAGCAGCAACAUCCAGUACUUUCUGGAUCGAUUCUACAUGAAUAGGAUUUCCUUCCGAAUGCUCAUCAAUCAACACACUCUGCUCUUUGGAGGGGACAUUAAUCCCGCUCAUCCAAAACACAUAGGCAGCAUUGAUCCCACCUGUAACGUACCAGAAGUGGUGAAAGAUGCCUAUGAAACAGCAAAGAUGCUGUGUGAGCAAUAUUAUAUGGCAGCCCCUGAGCUGAAGAUUGAAGAGUUUAAUGCCAAGGCCCCUGGCAGACCUCUCCAUGUUGUUUAUGUGCCCUCCCAUCUGUUUCAUAUGCUGUUUGAGCUAUUUAAGAACUCAAUGAGAGCCACCGUCGAGCUCCACGAAGGCAAAACUGAUGCCAUGCCCCCGAUAACGGCACUGGUCACACUGGGAAAAGAAGAUCUGUCUAUAAGGAUAAGUGAUAAAGGGGGCGGGGUGCCCUUGAGAAAAAUUGAUCGUCUCUUUAAUUACAUGUAUUCAACGGCACCAAGACCAAGCCUGGAACCAAGCAGGGCGGUUCCAUUGGCUGGAUUUGGCUAUGGCCUGCCCAUCUCAAGACUGUAUGCCCGGUAUUUCCAAGGAGACCUCAAGCUCUAUUCCAUGGAAGGUGUUGGGACUGAUGCUGUUAUCUAUCUUAAGGCCGUUUCCAGCGAAUCAUUUGAAAGACUCCCUGUCUUUAACAAGUCUGCGUGGCGACACUACAAGAAUGCCGCCGAAGCAGACGACUGGAGCAAUCCAAGCAGGGAGCCACGGGAUGCCUCCAAAUACAAAACUUAAUAGACCUGGGCAAUCUGUUGGGAACAACACAACAUAUUUCCUUGCAGUACAAAUAGGAGAUUGUGGAGAAUAUGAUAAUAAGGGGGUUUUAUUAAUGAGACCCGUUCACCUUGCGUGGCUCUCUUUGUAACUUUAGUAGCUCCCCGGGUAAGCCUCUGUGGGUGGCUGGGCCAGUUUAGGUUGAUCCUUUGUGGUGGAAAAGGAAAGAAUAUAGUUUGCACUAAUGUGUGUGUAUAUAUAGAAUGAAAAGGGUUCAUGCUAUUUUUUGUUAGACUAUUUUUCUAACGCACAUUUAAUCUAUGGCAAUAAGCGCUUGUACAUUCCAGUGGUCACCCUGUGUUGUUGCUGCAACUGCUGCUCUACAAGAGCUGGAUUGCUGUAAAUCUAGUCGAUCAUGGCUGUGUAGAGUAGUAAUUUACCAUCUGAUAGUAGAGAAUGGCACACCAGCUGCACAAAUGUCAUUGUACAGAGAUGACCUUUAGCUUUUUAUAUUUUCUAUUUUACGUGACGUGUCUGCUUGUUAGGUUUGUCUAAUGCAUGCGUUCAUUUAAAUCUAUUUUAGUUUUUGUUUUAUAAAUUAAUUAUUUGCAGGAAUAGAGUAAAGACAGUCCAGUGUAGCUGCUGGGUUUGUGUCAGCUGCAGUUUGGUUGAAUGUGCCUGUAUGUUAUCAUUUGUGACUACCAUGCCUUCAGCAUGGAAUAAUAGGCAGGUUGUGGCUUUUAUAUUGGUAUAUUUAAGAAGGGAAAGUAGGGGUGCACAGGUUAUUGUGAACACCUGAGCGGGGGGCAUUCUUAUUAGACAGCAAUAAAAAAGGCUCAGUCUUUAUAUAUAUAUAUAUAGAAAAUUUUAUAUAAAUGAAUAUUGCAAUUUGGUAUAAGAAAACAAAAGACAGCAGGAAAUAAAAACAUAUUCCUACAGACCAGUAUACUAUGCCAUGACAUGUAUAUAUGGGCCCUUACAUCUCACUCCAGAAUAUUGUGUAUUAUUAUUAUUAUACAGACUAUUUUCUAUUGAGUUUGGGAGAGAUGAAUGAGGUACUUUUAUGAUUGCGUUUGAAGGGCGCCAGCCUUUCAGCACAUAAUGUAUUUGCUUCAUGGACACUAUUCCCCAUCACAGAAAGAUUUGCUUGCACUAUGUAUGUAAUGUCUGUCUUCAUUAGUGCUGUCCAGUUCCAGUCCUGUUGGGCCUUAAAGGAGAACUAAAGCGUAGCUAAAGAAGUAGCUUGAAAUAUUGUACAUUAUGUUUUGGGCUUCUGUACCACCCCAGGCAACCACGGUCCUUUAGCAGUAAAGAUCUGUGUCUACAAAGA